AAAAAAAAAAAAAAGAGUGAAGAAAAUGGCAUCAACGACUCUCUCCACCACAACCUCAAUCCUCUCCUCCUCAUCCCCAUCUUCCCCACACCACACCUUCCUCUCCCGUCCCACCACACUCGAAUUCCCCUCCCGCCUCUCCUCCCUCUCCACAACCCUAACCCACCGCGCAACCCACCUCCGCCCUCUCUCCGCCGUCGAAACCCCCGAAAAAAUCUCCAAAAUCGGCUCCGAGAUCUCCUCCCUCACCCUCGAGGAAGCCCGCACCCUCGUCGACUACCUCCAGGACAAGUUCGGCGUCUCCCCUCUCUCCCUCGCCCCCGCCGCGGCCGCGGUCGCCGCUCCCGGAGGUGACGGCGGCGCGGCGGCGGUGGUCGAGGAGCAGACGGAGUUCGACGUGGUGAUCAACGAGGUGCCGAGCAGCUCGCGGAUCGCGGUGAUCAAGGCCGUGAGGGCGUUGACGAGCUUGGCGUUGAAAGAGGCGAAAGAGUUGAUUGAAGGGUUACCGAAGAAGUUCAAGGAAGGUGUGACCAAGGAUGAGGCUGAGGAGGCUAAGAAGCAGCUUGAAGAAGCUGGUGCUAAGGUUUCUAUUGCUUGAGGUUUUAUCUUUGUAUUAAAAGAAUGUGUUUUUUUUUUUUGGAGUUGGUCUUUUUUUUUUUUAAUCUGGAUUGUUGGUUAAGGUUUGAGAAAGUAUUGUAAUUUGAAUCAGUUUGGUUUCGUCGUGAGGAUCGUUUAGAUGCACGUAAUGUGUUUGUUGAAAUGCCUUAGCUGAAAUUAAGAAAUAAGAUAGAAUUGGGAUUUGAUGAGAAUAUACAAAAAAUAAAUAAGAAAAUUGGAGGUUUGGACAAUAAGUCCGAAGAAG